CAGAACCGCUGGAACGCCUAACCUCAGUACAGAGUCGGACGCCCGUCGUCGCUCUCCUCAACGUCGUCUCUCGUCUUUCUUUCGCUGCUCUUCUGUCACCGUCUCGUCAUCAUCGUCAGGGCGGCGCGCGGGCGCGGAAAUCGCACUGUCCGUCCUCUCGGCGUUACGUAACGUUUCAAAUCGCGACGGGCCUUUUUAGCGAGAGUAAACGAGCGGAGCAACGACUCCAAGUGGAGCAAAGUUUCUCUCCUCUCGGGGAAAACGCGUCGAAGGAGAGAAGAUGAAGAGCGGCCGGUGAUCGGCGCGACGUCGAUCGUCCGCUCGGUCUGUCGGGCUCGAGAGACUUUCGUGAGACUUUCUCGCGGAUUUUGCGAUUUCGGAGUGAGGAGCUUCGCAGCGACGGACGGCCACGGCCGGAGGGUGGAACGGCCGGCCGUCGCGAUUUGAUGAAGUUUUCAUAAGCGGGGGGGGAGGGGUCGAAGAACAAGCGAUAGUCGCUCUUGAAAAAUCCCGCUUUUACGCGCGCAAUUUUCACCGGCGAUUCAGCUCGCGAAGGACCCGCGUUCUUUCCUUCUCUCCCGAGCGAACAGCGAGUAUACCUUCCUCGGGAAAGUGGUGGAAGGCACAAGUACCUAUUCAUAGACGCGCGAAAAGGCUCAGAGAAGGAGAGGUGCUGGCUAAAAACAGAGAGACGGAGAGAGAGAGAGAGAGAGAGAGAGAGAGAGAGAGAGAGAGAGAGAGAGAGAGAGAGCUACAAAGCACGCGAGCGGGCUCUCCGCAAGUAUCGCUCUAUUCUUCGGCGCCGCGCUCGCGCGAUUCUGCGUGGAGUCGUGAAGAGGACGGAAAACAAUCCCCCGCGUCUCGCGCGUGUCCGCUCUCUUCCGUGUGUGUUAAUUCAUCCGAGCGUAACAUCGCAAGAGCCACCGCGGCAGCGGGACCACUCGAAGUGUCUUCGUGGCGCAAAGGCGUUUAAACAUCUCUCGCUAUUCGCGGAGGGAGCGAGGUGUUUUCGAUGUAAAGUAGAAGACACGGGGCUCUAUGAAGUAACGAGGGGAGCAGUGACGAGGAGAAAAGGGGGAGAGGCAAAGACACAGAAAGAGACAUGCUUCUGCGCCACGUGAGGGGAUUUCCCGGAGGAAUGCCAGCGCAGACGAUCGAAGCCUCGGCACAAGUCGGCGUUUCUGAGAUGCCCGCCGACGCGUGAUCUCGCACUUGUCUCUCUCUCUCUCUCUCUCGCCGUUUCUCGUCGAGGCGUCGCGAAAAAUGCGCUCGCGGCAACUCGGCAGACCGCUGCGUGCAAUUCGCUAGUCGGAGCUUCCUGGAACUCUCCGGCGCGGCGGCGGGAGUCAGUGACAGUGUAUGUGUGUGUGUGUGUGUGCAUGUGUGCGUCCGUGCGUGUGAGUGCGUGCGUGAAGCUCGUCGGCCCGAACUCUCGUGGGGGUUGCGGCUCGUGCACCAGGUGGACACACACGAGGUAGCCCAGGGAUGUUGUAAGCCACCGAGGGCAUGAGAACGUCCUGGGGCGGCCGGUGAGCGAGAAACUGCUCGUCACGCCGAACUACUCCCACGUGCGCGGGAGGGAGGAGCGGGGACGCGCGACGACGUUCAUCGUGGUCUCGUGGGUGCUCUCUUGGAGCGAGGAAGAGGAGGAAUAGGGUGAUCCGGAGCUCGAGAAGAUGGCUUUGAUAGCGCCUAGAAACAGUUCGCCCGUUAUACGUGACAAGGAGAAUAUUCCGGCUUAUGAUAUCAAGCUGGAACGCGUGCUGGGCGUAACAGUCUCCAGCAAUGCAGCCCUGGACUGCGACGCGACCAGCGAGCUGGUCGCUUAUCCGGCCGGCUGCACCGUUGUGCUGUUCAAUCCACGGAGGAACAGCCAGGCGCACGUGCUCAACGCCUGUCGCAAGACCGUGACUUCCUUGGCGCUCGCGGGCGACGGCAAGCUCCUGGCCACCGGCGAAUGCGGCCACAUGCCGAACGUUCGUGUCUGGGACAUAUCCGAUCCGCACAAUGCCGUGCAGAUCGCAGAAUUCUCCGGACACAAGUACGGUAUCAACUGUGUGGCGUUUUCGCCCAGCAACAAGUACGUCGUCUCGGUCGGCUCGCAGCACGACAUGAUUGUCAACGUCUGGGACUGGAGGAGCAAUGUUAAGGUCGCGUCCAACAAGGUGUCGAGCAAAGUGAAGGCCGUGUGCUUCGCGGAAAACGGCAAUUACUUUGUCACCGUGGGCAACAGGCACGUCAAGUUUUGGUACCUGGAAUAUUCGCGCAGCGCCAAGUACAAGGAACCUGUGCCUUUGAUGGGCCGAUCUGCCAUAUUAGGAGAGCAGAGGAACAACGAUUUCGUUGACGUAGCCUGCGGCAGGGGAGAAAUGGCGGAUUCCACGUACGCGAUUACCAAAACGGGUCUGCUGUGCGAAUUUAACAACAGGAGGCUCUUGGACAAAUGGGUCGAGCUGCGAACGAGCAGCGCCAAUUGCAUGGCGGUCGGGGACAAGUACAUCUUCAUCGGGUGCGCCGAAGGGAUUGUGAGGUGUUUCAGUCCUAGCACGCUUCAGUUUAUCACCACGUUACCGAGGACGCACUACCUGGGGGUCGACGUCGCGCAAGGCUUGUCCAUCAGUCACAUGUCCCAGCAUCCACUCGAGGCGAGGUAUCCGGACGCGAUCGCGUUGGCGUUCGACGAGCGCAACAACAAGCUCACCUGCGUCUACAACGAUCACAGCAUCUACGUUUGGGACGUGAGGGACAUCAGGCGAGUCGGCAAGUCGCAUUCGUUCCUGUAUCACUCGGCCUGUAUCUGGGGCGUCGAGAUGUAUCCGGCCGGGCCAGACUGCAUCGGCGCCAUGCCGGCUGGCAGCUUCAUUACUUGCUCCAGCGACGACACGAUAAGGGUCUGGAAUCUGGAGAAGGACAUCUCGUCGAACGACACUUUGUACAAACGAAACAUUUACAGCAACGAAUUGCUCAAGGUACUAUACGUCGAUCCGGAGUUGACUUACCUGAAGGACUUGGACCUGGCCGCGGCCGGAUCUACGGAAAAAAGCGACGCGUCCUACGACGGCCGUAACGGCGUGAGAUCGAUAAGGGUCGGUCCGGACGGCAAACACCUCGCUUCCGGCGAUAGAUCCGGUAACAUCAGAAUUCACGACGUUUCGUCGCUCGAAGAGCUGUGCUUAAUAGAGGCGCACGAUGCCGAGGUGCUAUGCCUGGAAUACUCGAGGUUCUCUAGGUACUCCGUGGACGCCCCAAGGCUGUUGGCGAGCGCGUCGCGGGACCGGCUGAUUCAUGUCUUCAGCGUGGAUCAAGGAUACAAUUUCCUGCAGACGCUCGACGACCACAGUUCUUCCAUUACUGCCGUCAGAUUUUUCAAUCAAACGAAUCAGGGUAAUCAAAUACAGAUGGUGUCCUGCGGCGCCGAUAAGAGCAUUAUUUUCAGACAGCUGCAAUCGACACCAGGAGGAAUGCCGCAGUUUGCGAGAGGUCACAACGCUCAGGGCAAGACCACUCUGUAUGACAUGGAGGUCGAUUCUGGGCAAAAGCACGUGUUAACUGCCUGCCAAGAUAGGAAUAUUAGGGUUUACAAUGUUACCACGGGCAAACACAGCAAGACUUUUAAAGGUUCCGUCGGCGAGGACGGCUCGUUGAUCAAAGUCGUCCUAGACGCGUCCGGCAUUUACGUAGCUACCUCAUGUACAGACAAGACGCUGUGUGUGUACGAUUAUUACAGCGGGGAGUGUAUGGCCACUAUGGUCGGUCACUCGGAACUAGUGACGGGUCUGCGUUUCAGCCCGGAUUGUCGUCACCUCGUGUCCGCGAGCGGCGACGGCUGUGUAUUCGUGUGGCGCGUUCCGCACGACAUGGUAGUCACUAUGCAGGCUCGUCUCGCGCAGCAAGCGAUGCGCGCCGGCAAGAAACCGCUGCACGUGAACGGCAGCGGCAUCGAGGUGCAGUUGGACAACGAGACUUUCGGGCCGCCCCCACCGGAGUUUCUGGAUCCUAACGCGAAUCCGACGCCGCCAAAUGUCAUCGGUGUGGAUUACCGAUUCAGCGUAGGCCAGUUGCCGUUGUGGGCGAAGAAACAAAUCAACACGACCGCGAGCAGCGCGGACGAAAGCGGUGCGACACUCGGCUCGAACGUCAGGUCGCUCGGUGUCGACUUGCCGAAAGGAAGGUGGGCGCAACGGGUACAGCAAGGCGACGGUAUUACCGUCAAGUCUGUUUACGACAGCGACGAGGUUAUACCGUUUCCUCCGUCGCGCAGCGCCAUCGAUUCCGAUGGCGGCGGCGGUGGCGGCGGCUCCAAGGACAGCUCCAUCGACAGCGGCACCGAGACCAAGUGCAGCAGCGAUUAUCGUCGGGAGACGAUGAUCAUCAAGAGGGAAGAGGAGGAAAGCGUGUUUCAACCUUGCUCGGAAAGUUAUAGAGAGAUAGAGAGCGAAGCGAAACAGGUGAUUGAUGGUAAGGUGACUAUAAGAAGUAGCAAUAUCACAGAAUUGACACGUCAGUCGAGGAGUCGUCAUCACACCGACGAUAGCAGUCUUGGCAGCUUUAAAUUCGAGGACCACGAGAGCACGGAACACGACGGCGACGUCGAGGAUUAUUCCGAAGGAGAGAACGGAACCACCGGCUCGGAGAAGUCGCACCACAGGUUAAUGUAUUAUCCGCCGCCGGAGGAUAUCGUGUCGAAUCAAUUCACCGUUAACGCGAUGGAUGUCGAGGAGCUCCGGAGAUCGCAAAGGCGGCAAAAGAGAUUGAAGAACGCGGAGAAUGGCCGGUCGAGCGAGCUGACUGCGUCCGGGAGCCAGGACGAGUCCGACUCGGAGGGCGGGGCGUCGACUCCGAGUGCCGAGAGGAAUCCGCUGUCAAUGUUGUCCGAAGCUAGCUCGGAGGGCUUCGACCAGCUCGCCAAGCAGAGCCACAGGGAGAAAUACUUGAAGAAUGCCUUCGAGUCGCUCAGCGGGGCGGAGGAGCCGCCGAAUCGCGUGAAAGCUACGAGCAUCAGUUCGCAAUUUCACGGAAGACUUAGUGGUAGCUCCGAGGGCAACGCCAAGAUCCGCAAUGCGGCGGUGGUUAACGCCACGAAGCACGCGAGGGGCGAUGCCGAUGUUGUGAAGAAACGCGAGGAGCUGCAGAGGAGGAUAGAGGAGACCAGGAGAAAAUUGCAAAGUGUCGGCUAUAGAUCGUCACUGAAAGCCAGCCAGAGCAUAUCCGACCUAAGCAGCCACAUACCGGAGAAGCAUCAUCGUUCGAACAGGCUUAGUACAGGUAACCGAUCCAGCCAUCAAAACCAAUUCUCACAAUCGACUACUAACCCCUGCAAACCUACGUUAAACCCAAAGCCCGCGCUUAAACCCCAGCAACUCAUUAACAAGGUUCAAGGUGUGGGGAAUGCAUUACCUAAGCUAGAAUUGUCGAGCGAUAACAAUUGCCUGUCGAAAAGUCUGGCUGCGACCAAGCCGACUGUCAGCCGUCCGUUAACGUUGACACUAAAGAAAACUGAAAAGUAUAAGCUGUCGUUGAACAAGGCCAAUCAGUCCUUGCCCGAGUCGCCCGUAUGCGAGGAGCUGAAGCUGCUGAAGGAACAGUGUAAGAAGGAUAUGACUCGAUUCGCGAGAUUCGCGCAGAAGCGGCGCUCGUGCAGCUACUUCAUCGGUCUGGACGACAACGAGGAGGAUAUGGAGAACAUCGCUAAGUCGUUCGAGAGUCUGCCCGCCAUGAACGAGCGCAACCUGGAGAAUCUCAAGGAGAGCAUGGUAGAUGACGGCGAUGAUGGGAACGGUAACUUCAGUGACGACUCGUUGGAGGGCGACUUCAAGAACCCGCCUCGGCGUUGCGUCAGUGAUUAUCAGAUCAACAUCCGCGUCAAUGACUAUAGAAACUACUCCAACUACCAAAAUUUCCAGAGGAGGCUCUUGUCCGGUUCACAAGAAAGCAUACUCUCAGACGCGUCCGUCGAGUCCUUCUCCAAGGGCAGCGCUGAGAUCAUCGAUUACAACCAUUGCGACCCGGACCGCCACUCAAGCGCGAGCUUCUUCCUGUCUCGACGUAAGAUGCAGGCCGGUAGAAGUCAGGACAGCAUACUGACUGACGAGUCGGACUACCAGAUAUUCCCGCUGCGCGAGAACGCCGAUCACCGCAGUACGGAGAGCGUGCUGACAGACGAUUCGGACUCCAUGGUGAAGUCCGCGCCGCUGGAGAUGCUGUUCGACUCGCACUACAGGCGCAAACGGCAGAACUCGGAGACUUACAGCGGCAAUCCCAACAACAUCGUGGAGAUCAGCACAGACUGCGCGCAUGGCUCCGCCGACGAGGGUACCCUCGGCCGAGCGGUGUUCCGCUCCAAGUCCCUGCAGGACACGAGAAUCAACAGCGCGAAGAGCGACCUGAACUUCGCCGAGGAUAGCAACGCGCCGUCCAAGACGCGCAUGUACUAUGAAUUCAACCCGGACGAACACAACGACCACCGCAAGGACUCUGCGAACACGAGCAUGUGCGGCAAAUCGGAGACAAUCUCGCGCAGCAACAGCCUCAAGGUGCCCACAAAACCAGAGUCGUUGAUGAUCCUCAACGACUUCGUCGCUCACAAGCCGCCGAAGCCCAAGAGAAACUCGUCGCGCACCCAAAGUAUGCGCAACCGCGCCCGGCCGAGCUGGAAAUACCUCGACACGCCGCCCUUAUCACCCGGCGCUGCAAAGAGCAUCGACGUCGACGGCUAUGCGCCGACGUCCUCCGCGAGCCAGGCUUACCCGGAGCACCGGUCCGCGCGAACAAACGAUCCUCAGGUGAAGCGAGACCACCAUCACCACCACCACCACCACCACCACCACCAUCCGACCACCUCGAAUACGCUCGAGCAGUUCCUGCAGUCCACCAGCUACAGCCAACAACCCGACGACGACAAGGAUGGCAAGAAUAAGUUCUUCAGCUUGCCGAGCCAUCGCAACAAUAGCAACGUUAACAUACAGACCGACAUAUAUGACGAGCCUUCGCGGUUAGCCAAAAGUCAUUACCUCCUGAACGUCCACGACGCCUCCGUCGUCGAUAUCGUGUCGAAUACUUGCCCCGAGCAGGAGAGGAUCCUUCACCUGGAGAACGAGAUCCCAACCAAGGACACCGGCGAAGACUACGAUUCGUUGGAGACCGGUGUCACUCUCUGCAACCUGCCAGCGACGGAGUUACAGCCGAGCGGCGCGGACUUCUGCUCGGCCGACGAGCGGAUCGACAACCUGGACGCGAGCGUGGACGUGAGGAUCACACGCGCCAUCGAGGGUACGGUGAAGCUGCUAUCGAAGGAGUUCGAAAAUCUCGUGAGGCAGAAGCAGUACUUCAUGAAGGAGCGCUGCCUGCGACUGUCGCACUGCCAGGAUACGGGCGACAACUUGGCCAAGCUGGAGGCCGAGCGGGCCGGCCGCUUUUACGCGAUCAAGCGUGACCAAGUGCGCCUGCACUCAGGCGGCGAGGACAGCGACUGCGCCGAUGUGUCGACGAUGGACAGGUCGCUGAUGGAGUCGGGUUCCUCCACGUCCGCGUCGAGCUGCACCAAUUCGCCCAAGAGAAUGUGGCCGCCCGCGUCGCGCUGUCAGAGCCACAUGAGGUGGACGAAAACCUUGCCGACGAUCAAUCAGGCGAUUCUGCCCACGAAGUAUCCUUAUGCAGUUGCCAGUAGUGGGGGGCGAAUCUCGUCAAAAGUUAUUGACAGCGAAGAAGAAGGGGGUGGUAUGAGACGCGCCUGUUCGCUCAGUGAUCUUUCCGUCAACCCCUCGAAUAGGUUACUGCAUGGCCCUGUACAAGUUCCAGGGAAAUUGGGAGGUAAGAGCGCAAACGUCACGUCGAGAGCGGGAUCCGGGAGUGCCAACUCCGGCGGUCAGUCCAGGCACACUUUAGGCAAGAAUCACUCGACUCACAUGACGAGAAGCAGCAGCGUCGGCGUCUUGAACCAGAGUGAUUCGGAGUCGGAUGCCGGUGGUGUAACGGGGGGAAGCAGAGGGUGGAACGGUCAGUCGGGCAACAGCAGGAUAAGCGGCUUGAUGAGGCCAACGAUCAGCUCGCAGAAUAAGAUCAACCAUCAAAACAAAUCGAGCUCGUCCGGCGGCAAUCUCUCGUCGAUCCUGAGACGACGAGGGAUGCAGGGAGCUUUCUCGACCGUCAAUCUAAGUCAAGUAGGAAACCAAGAAGACUCGAGUUCAGAGGACACCUCCUCGAACGGAAAGCCGGCGCUACCGCCGAGGCCUAGAAGUAUCAGUAUCGAUCAUUCCUCUGCUAGCUUAAGUUUACCCGGCACGACGUUGAGGAGGUCCGGGUCGUCGACGAUUAUAACAAACGGUCGGGGCAGCGGCGGCAGUGGCGCCAGCGCGAUCGGGCAAAACGGAAGCGGCAGAAUGUCCACGGCGAGCAGAAAUCAGCUGGAGCCUAGUCCGCACGAGCUACCGGUCAAAGACACGGAUCGUGCUAUCGAUGUAGCUAGUGCCGAGUUAGGCACGGAUAAAGCAUUAGUGUCCACCCAGCUGUGCAACACGAUCACGGACGAGCUGACGCGGACCGCCGACAACGUGGUGCAGCUGUACAAGCGGCUGACGAUCGACCACGAUGACCCAGCCGGCGGCAAGAUCGACCGGGACACGAUGCUGCGUGGCCUGGAGUCGUCGGUCAACGAGACGAUGCGCACCCUGCGGCUGGUGGUCGCCGGCGGCGGCGAGAACCACUCUAACGACGUCGGCGACAGCAUGAUGGCGAACGAGGCGACGGCGAAGUUCAAGGAGUUGCUCGCUGGCCAGGACCAGGGCAAGAUAGUCAGUAUGAUGCAGCAGUACUCCGAUCUGCUCUUGACGAUGAUGCAACAGAGGAUGGGAGGGACUCAGUCAAGUCACAUGUAAAAUCCGUCCAUCUGUGUGAAAAUCGAUCAAAGGGUACGGUCGCCGUGGAGUCUGUUGGAAGAUGCGAGGUGCGAGAACGAGUGUGUAUGUACGUGUGUGUGUGUGUGUGUACGUGUGCGGGUGCGUGUGCGUGUAUGCAUAUAUGCAUCGUGUGUCUCUCCUUUCAAACGCCGUGUUUUUGACAGUUCCCCCGCCACUCCUCUCGCGAUCGCAGGGCUCCAGUGUGCAUCUCGCGUCUGAGGGGAGGAAGAGAAGGGAGAAUAGCAUGCGUCCGCAGCGGGAACUCGCGUACGUAUCGUAGCCGCGUCGUAGCGAAGGCGUUCUUUUCCCUUUGGCUCGUCGUCGAGCGGCAGAUUAUUCUCACCCUUCCUCUUCCCGAGGAGCGGACGUGAUUUGCGCGAUCGGUACGCUCUCAAGCUCGUUAGGUUGAAAUUCAUCCCACAUGCGUGUGCGUGUAUGUGUGCGUGUGUGUAUGUGUGUAUGUGUGUAUGUGUGCGUGUACAUGUCGGUGCGCACCGACAGCACGGAGCACUCGACAAGCCGUCGUCGUCGAGGUCCCCUCCUCCGCGCUGCUGCCAAACGUGAGAGAGUUCUCUUCGACCUACCUUCGCACUACCGUCGGCCUCCGGCGAAUAUCGCCGAGUGGGUCGCGUCCAAACGGAUCCAGCAGCUUGGGUCGUGUUUCGCGUGUUUGGUAGUUGCGCCGUGCGCGCGGUAGUUGGCGGUCGUGAGAUGAACUCAUCCAUCGUAUCUUGAGGCCAUACGCCAUGAAAUGCCAAUUAACUAAAGACUAGUAGAAUAGCGUUUUCAAGCAAAUACAUAUAUACAUACAUAUGCUACUCUGUUCAAAAAGUUCCAGGACAAGUCAAAUAAAAAACACUAAGUAUUCAUA